AUUCUUCCUCCUUUUUCUCUACAACACAACUACCCACUAAUCGACGCUCACGCAUAACGUCCCGUGGCCUUCCCGCAAGAACCUCUCUUCUCUUUUGCUCUCAUCGUUUUCACUUUCCGUCUCCCUCUCGCUCGCAAGUUGUAUCACUCACGGCAGCACCUCAUCUCCACUCUCCAUCUCACUCAUUGCAGCUCUGCUUCUUCUCUUUUGCAACUUUUCUCUUUGGCUGCUCAGCCUCAAAGAUCUCACAUUGAUAAUAUAAAAGAAAACAAAAAGAAUGUUCUUCCACAUUGUAUUAGAGAGGAAUAUACAGCUUCAUCCACGACACUUUGGUCGUAAUCUGCGGGAGAAUAUCGUCUCCAAGCUGAUGAAAGAUGUCGAGGGAACUUGCAGUGGACGGCAUGGUUUUGUUGUGGCAAUAACUGGAAUUGAGGAAAUCGGAAAAGGUCUUAUCCGUGAUGGUACAGGGUUUGUUACAUUUCCAGUAAAGUAUCAAUGUGUAGUAUUCAGACCAUUCAAAGGAGAGAUACUAGAAGCUGUUGUUAGCAUGGUAAAUAAGAUGGGAUUUUUCGCCGAAGCUGGACCUGUUCAAAUCUUUGUUUCAAACCAUUUGAUACCAGAUGAUAUGGAGUUCCAGUCUGGAGAUAUGCCCAAUUACACUACUUCAGAUGGAUCAGUUAAGAUUCAGAAAGAUAGUGAAGUGAGAUUAAAGAUAAUUGGAACAAGAGUUGAUGCUACUGAAAUUUUUUGCAUUGGUACCAUAAAGGACGACUUUUUGGGUGUGAUAAACGAUCCUUCGGCAACUUAGUGGGGUUCCUCAUAAACCCAGAAAAAAAUAUAAUUUAAUCACCAAUUCAAGUUGAAUUACUAACACCAACUCUUUUUAUUACUUAACACAUUUGCUAUAGUUGCUAGCAUGUUAAUAUGAGAAUGUAAUUUUCUUAUGUGCAAAAAAUUGGCCUUUGAUUAGGCCAAGUGUUGGUCACAAUAAUGAAAGACCUUUAUUUAAUGCAUUAGUGAUUAAUAUCAUCAUAAAUAUUUACAUAA